AUGGCUUUAUCGCUGACAGGAGUUUCUAUUACAAUCAUCAGCUAUAUUCUGCUCUCAGACAGGCAUGCACCCUUGUCCCACAUUCGAGUGGGUCUAACAUCUUGCAUUGGAGCGGGACAUAUUGUCUUCCUUGCGGGAAUUGAUGCCACAGAAAACAAGGCUGUCUGUGUUACGGUAGCAGCUCUCUUACAGUAUUGUCUGAUGGCAGCAUUCUGCUGGAUGCUGGUCGAGGGCAUUUAUAUUUACUUAUUUGUCGUAAAGGUGUACAACAUUGGUGAUAAAAUCCGCCGCUAUCAUGGCCUUUGUUGGGGACUUCCUGCGGUCAUAGUUGCUGCAUCUCUAGGUGUUGUUGCAGGAAAAGACGGAAUCGAGAAUUUUGUCAAUGAUCAGUACUGCUGGUUAUCGUCAAGAAACAAAAUACUCUGGAUAUUUGUUUCCUUUGUUGGGCUAAUCGAACUUACUAACAUAGCAAUCCUUGCGCGAGUCAUCAAGGAAAUUGCCACAAUCCAAUAUGUAAAAGAAAACCAGGCUGAACAGAUCCGGGUAGGUCUCCGAUCAUGCGUGGUGUUGACUCCAUUGCUGGGAGUCACAUGGUUGAUCGGUUUCCUGUCGCCAUUGCAUAUUGCCUUUUCCUACAUGUUUGUGAUCCUGAACUCUACUCAGGGCUUCUCGAUUUUCUUCUUUCACUGCUUGAGAAAUAGUGAGAUAAGAGACCGUUUCAAAGGAAGACUUCAGAGAGCUUGCGCACUUGCAGACAAUCUACCUAUGAUUGAAAAUAAGGAAUGUCGAUGCAAUUUGAGUCUAAUCUAAGGUACACCAGUCAGUUUCACGAUCAAUAAUUUUGCACUUCCAGAGUGGAUACUGGACUUUUCGUGAAAACUGUGACGAAGUUCACUCAUGUAAUAACAGCCCGAUGUAAGCAGUAGUAAUAGAGUGUAAACGUUAUAUGUUUGUAAUCGGUCAAUAUGAUGGGAUAGAUUACGAGUCGUAUCUGUAGAACUGAACAGUAUACAUCAGCUGAAAUUAUCUAAUCAAAAUUACUUUUAUCCGAUGAGUAAAUUUUUUCCGAAAUUUGGUUACAGUCAUGUACCGACAAGAGAACUUCAAAAACAUCCAUACAACAUGGCGGUAACUGCAGCAAGUCUUUUUUAUUUAUUUUAUGCGUGUACAUAUGAUUACCAUACUGAUGGUAACCGCAGAUGGUGACCAUAAAAGUCACAGUUUUGGUAAAUUUUUACCAGCCUUUUUGUCGCCCAAUGUUUUGCAUUCCUUUUCGAAGUUAACAAAUGAAAUUGACGCCUGCUUUGCCAUCUUGACUAUCACUCGUAUAUGAUUACAGACCGGAUUGGAUUUUACCCAGUCUUGGUAAAUAUUGGUAUUUUCGUUAUGCUUAAAGGCCUUAGGAAUCUACUUUCACUCUCUAACAGAAACAAACAAAAUUUUAGUCUCAGUUUUGGUUCUCUUAAACAAAUAAGAAGUUGUUCACCAGCAUAGUUUCGAAUAUGAAUAGUGCCCGUAUAUAGAUAAUGGAAGGUUUUUAUUUCUGACUGGAGCUCACCAUAGCGGUAACUCGACAAAUUGUCCUAAAACUGAAUCGUGACCUUCCAUUUUGUUCUCUUUUGUUUUAAUUAUAUAAUGCACAUAUACUCCGAUUCCA